AUGACUUCCUCGAGAUUCCACAAAGCAGCCGUUCUUACUUCACCCCAAGAACCCACCGCCAAACCAACAUUCUCCAUCCAAACCCUACCACGCCCAGUCCCCGGUCCGAAUGAGCUCCUCAUCCGCCUCACCGUGACCUCCCUCUGCGGCUCGGACCUAGGAAUGGCCCUUGGCCACAUGGGCCCCGUCGGCGCCAUCCUCGGCCACGAAGGCGUCGGCCAUAUCGCCGGCAUCGGCUCCAACGUCCCCUCGCAAGACCCCACCGUGCAGCUGGGCCAGCGCGUCGGGGUCGCCUGGACGCGCGAUAUCUGCGGCGUGUGCAGGUUCUGCGUCGACCUCGCCCACGAAGGCGAGACGCGGUGCGCCGAGGCGCUGCACUCGGGGAAAGAGGCGUACCCCGGCACGUUUGCCGAGUACACGGUUGUUCCGCUGCGGUAUCUUGCGCGGAUCCCGGCCGCGUUCGACGGGGUGCCGGAUGAAGAGAUUGCGCCGAUUCUGUGUGGCGGGGUGACGGCGUACAAAGCUAUCAAGGGCUGCCAGGUGACGCCGGGGCAGUGGGUGGUGGUUUCGGGGGGUGGUGGCGGGGUUGGGGCGUUGGCUGUCUCGUUUGCGCGUGCGAUGGGGUAUAGGGUUAUUGCUGUUGAUGCGGGGGCGGCGAAGGAGGGCUUCUGCAGGUCCCAGGGUGCGGAGCACUAUGUUGAUGUUACCUCUGGAGAGGAUCCGGGGAAGAAGGUGCGUGAGUUCACGGAUGGACAGGGCGCUAAAGCUGUGAUUGUCACAGCUACUGCGGCCGCGGCGUAUCAGCAGGCGUUCGACAUGCUGGGUCCUUUCGGGACAUUGAUGUGUGUGUCGAUUCUUCCGGAGGAAGCGAGGGCGACGUUUCAUCCGUUAUGGAUGAUUGAUAAUGGGUGGACGGUGAAGGGUUCGUCGGUGGGAACCCGUUCGGAUAUCCUUGAAGCGUUGGAAUUUGUGAAGCGAAGAGUUGUGAUCCCCAAGGUGCAGUGGGCGCAGUUGGAGGAGAUAGAAGAGUUGAUGGAAAAGCUUUCGCGAGGUCAACUCGAGGGGAAAUACGUGAUGAAGCUAUGA